GGCGAUUAUGUCAACAAAUACCUGUCAAUGACAAAAUUAUUCCAUUUUCUAUUAUUGUGGCAUUUUCACACAUUUAAUAUAUACAUGGCAGAAAUCACGACGUUACACAGAAUACAUCAUACACAAAUAAAAUGGCAAAACUACAUUUCGAGGAGCUGUCAAAAGGUCUCUCUAAACUUAGACAAGAGCAAUAUCUUCUUGAUGCUACUAUCUCCACCAACAAGGGCAAUGUUGAACUUCAUAAAUUGAUCCUAUGUUUGUUUUCGGAAACACUUGAAAAGAAACUGUCUGAAGACAAACCUUUUACUACUGAAGCAUUGGGAUAUUCAGCUGAAGAUGUUGAAAAUAUUGUUCAGUUCCUGUAUGACGGGGAUACAGUGUUAAAACCAAAAUGUACAGAGAUUAUCAAUAGUCUUCAUUUAGAUUUGUCAGUAGAUCAGAAGAUAAGACACAAAAAAGUUUCAAAGUCUAAAGGAGAAAAUAUUCAAGAUUUGAUUAAUUUGGAGUUGAAUUGUUUACGCAAUUCGAUAUUUGAGAUGCGAAUACCAAGACUAUUGGCAGAACCAAGACAGCUGUCUGAUAUUGGAAUUCGAACGGGUACCAUAGUGCAUAAGUGUCACAAACUUAUAUUGAGUGCCGUCUCUGAAUAUUUUACAGCUAUGUUUGGUUCAGGGAUGAAAGAAUCUUCGGAUGAAAUUGUAGUUCUCGAAGGUGUCGACUCUAAGGUGUUUUCAAGCAUUUUGAGCUAUAUUUACUUUGGAAAAUGUGAAUUAAACUUCUCCAUAUCUCAAGACAUUCUUUCAACAGCUGUUUACUUGCAAAUUUCUACUUUGCAAUUGCAAUGUGAAGAGUUUUUGUUACAAAAUAUUGAUGUGACAAACUGUGUUGAUUUGUGGAAACUUGGAGUUCAUUUUUCCUGUGAUUUGCUGAAAGAUGGAGCAUGGCAGUUCCUUGUUGAUAAUUUUAAACAUAUCAAUCAACUAAAAUUGAUUAGCGAAUUAAAUAUACACAAUAUCAAAAAUCUAGUGAAGAAUGAAAAUCUAGAUGUUGAAGAUGAAAACAGUGUGUUUCAGUUUGUUUUACAAUGGGCAAAACAUAACAAAGGUUUAGAAGAUCUACACCAAAUUUUAUCCCUAGUCAGACUAACACUCAUUGAUCUCGCACUUCUUGAAUCUAGUCUAAAGGACAGUCAGAUUAUAAAGACUAACAAAGCAUGUAUGGAUAUGCUAAAGACUGCUGUUGAAAAGAAAAUAAACAAUGAAGAAAAUGGAAUUGAACUCGAAUAUCCCAGAAAAGAAACAUGUUUUAUAGUGUUAAAAAGAAGUUCAUACAUAAGCGGGAUAGAGGCAGCAUGCUUCAGUUUAAGACACAAAAAAUGGUUUGAGUUAACCCCAUUGACAAGUUCAGCAGGAGGAUCAGCAUUUGCAGCGGUUGCAACUGAUCUACAUAUCUACAUGAGUGGGGGUUCACAGACACCAAAAUGCUUCUACCAGUACUCUGUAGAGGAUGACUCUUGGUCAGAACUGGCCAGGAUGAAUCAUCCUCGCUGGGCACAUGUUAUGGGGUGUGUGCAUGGCAAUGUCUUCGUGCUUGGUGGAUCCGAUAACACCUUUGACACAAGGACUGGCGCAUUGAAUGCUCUGCAGUCAAUAGAAAAGUAUGAAUCAGGUGCAAAAGAAUGGGAAACUCUAGUUGAAACACUUCGAAUAGCAACAUAUGAUGCAGCGUAUGCAACAGUGAACACCAGUUUAUACAUUCUGGGAGGUGCUGUCAGUACCAAGGUUGGAGCAUACUUGAAGGACAUCCAGUGCUUCAACACAGUGACAGAGACCUGUACAGUUCUCUACUAUCCUUUGCCAUUCACUCUCAGUCUUGGAAUAGCAUGCACACACAACAAGGAUAUCUAUGUAGUCAAUCCAAACGGGAAGUUCAUUCAUUUCAAUGAAACCUUAGGACCCCCAACAAUUAUUUUUGAAACAAACGGUGUACAUUUGAUGGCAUUUGCAACAGUUUUCCACAACAAAAACAUUUAUAUAAUGGGUGGGUUUGACAUGGUUGGGGAAACUGAUGUCAUCCAUAAAUAUGACAUCAAAAAUAAGAGAAUUUCCACCUCAAAGGACUUGAGACUGCCAUUUGAAAGAAAGUCGAACCACCUGUUUGGAGCUGUUAUGCGUGUUAGCCCGAGGCUGUUGACAAGAGACUUAAAGAGAAAUAUUGAUCAAUGUCAAGGGAAAAAACAAAGGCCUGGAUUUCUUUCUCCAAGAAGUAAAUUGAUAUAAUGCUUAAAAUGGAUUAUGACCACACCCACCCACCCUCCCUUCUUGAAUCAAAGUUCAUGUACGUUUGUUUGUCGAGGGUUAUAAUGUGACUAGAAAACCUCUACAUAUUGGUUGAGCAGUAACGUAUAUUUCUUGAAAAAAAUUAUGAUAACAUAAUGUUGUGCAAUCUGUCCUCAAGCAGUUCCUUAGAACUAGGACUUUACUUUAAUUAACUUGAUUUUUUUGUAAAUUAUUUUGAACACUUCUUUUUAAUAUAAUGAAUACAUACUGAUGUGCAAUAUUGAAUAAAAAGUAAAGAAUU